AUGAUUACCUGGAAUGAUCUCUACAACGUUUUGUCCGCUGUGAUACCACUGUAUGUGGCUAUGAUCUUGGCUUUUGGGUCUGUUCGAUGGUGGAAAAUUUUCAGCCCGGACCAGUGUUCCGGUAUCAACCGUUUCGUGGCGAUAUUCGCAGUGCCACUAUUGUCAUUCCAUUUCAUCUCCACCAAUGAUCCUUAUUCAAUGAACUUCAGGUUCAUUGCGGCCGACACGCUUCAAAAAAUAAUAAUGUUGUUUGCUCUGGGGAUUUGGACUAAUUUCACAAAAAAUGGAAGUUUGGAAUGGAUGAUUACCAUCUUUUCUCUGUCGACUCUUCCGAACACUCUUGUUAUGGGCAUUCCUCUUUUAAUCGCCAUGUAUGGCGACUACUCGGGAAGUCUAAUGGUUCAAAUUGUGGUGUUGCAGUGCAUCAUUUGGUACACUCUCCUUCUGUUUCUUUUCGAGUAUAGAGGUGCCAAGAUGUUGAUCAUGGAGCAAUUUCCUGAAACUGCAGCCUCCAUUGUUUCGUUUAAGGUAGAUUCUGACGUGGUCUCUUUAGAUGGUCGAGAUUUUUUGGAAACUGAUGCUGAAAUCGGUGAUGAUGGCAAGUUACAUGUGACUGUCAGGAAAUCUAAUGCCUCCAGGCGGUCUCUGGGACCGGGUUCUUUCUCUGGAUUGACUCCUCGGCCAUCAAAUCUUACUGGAGCUGAGAUUUAUAGCCUGAGUUCUUCAAGGAAUCCUACUCCCAGGGGGUCUAAUUUCAAUCCGUCCGAUUUCUACUCCAUGAUGGGAGUUCAGGGAUUCCCUGGAAGGCAUUCAAAUUUCGGUCCGGCUGAUUUGUAUUCUGUACAAUCUUCAAGAGGGCCAACUCCAAGGCCGUCCAAUUUCGAAGAAAAUGGUGCUCCAAUGGCUAAUAUAUCCUCUCCUAGAUUCGGGUUUUAUCCAGCACAGACAGUACCCACGUCUUAUCCUGCACCAAAUCCUGAAUUUGCCUCAACUAUCGCUACUAAAACAGGAAAAAAUCAGCAGCAGAACCAGCAGCAACAACAGCAGCAGAACCAGCAGCUGAAUAGCAAAGCAAACCAUGAUGCUAAGGAGCUGCACAUGUUUGUGUGGAGCUCAAGUGCAUCACCAGUUUCGGAAGGAGGUGGGCUCCACGUAUUCGGCGGGACUGAUUUUGGUGCAUCAGAGCAAUCUGGACGGUCUGAUCAGGGUGCCAAGGAGAUCAGGAUGCUGGUUGCUGACCACCCGCAAAAUGGGGAAAGCAAAACUAUCCCACAAGCUGGAGAUUUUGCUGGUGAGGACUUUAGUUUUGCUGGCAGAGGAGAAGGAGAAGAUGAUCAGAGGGAAAAGGAGGGGGCCGCUGGACUUAACAAACUUGGGUCCAGCUCAACCGCCGAGUUGCAAGCAAAGGCUGCCGGAGCUCAAGAUUCCGGUGUCAGUAAACAGAUGCCUCCGGCAAGCGUUAUGACCCGUCUGAUAUUGAUCAUGGUUUGGCGCAAACUUAUUCGCAACCCCAACACAUACUCUAGUCUCAUUGGUCUCACUUGGUCUCUGGUUGCUUUCCGGUGGCACGUGGAAAUGCCCAAAAUAAUAAAACAGUCAAUCUCCAUACUGUCAGAUGCUGGACUCGGAAUGGCUAUGUUCAGCUUAGGUCUCUUUAUGGCUUUACAACCGAAGAUAAUUGCUUGUGGGAAUUCGGUUGCCACAUUCGCCAUGGCUGUUCGAUUCUUGACUGGCCCUGCGGUAAUGGCUGCUGCUUCAAUUGCUGUUGGCCUGCGUGGUACCCUUCUUCAUGUUGCUAUUGUUCAGGCUGCACUGCCACAAGGAAUUGUUCCAUUUGUGUUUGCCAAAGAGUACAAUGUUCAUCCAGCCAUUCUUAGCACUGCGGUUAUCUUUGGAAUGCUCAUAGCGUUACCAAUUACUCUUGUUUACUACAUUCUUCUUGGAUUGUGA